AUGGCCUUCUCUAUGUUCACCGGCCACAAGCCCGCCCCUUUGAACGCCGCCAUAUUGCUCGCAAGCGUGAAGCUCCCUCUCCAUGCCUCCGCAAUCACGCCAGCCAUGUCGCGCUUCACCGGACGGACUCCUCCCCCCGAUUUUCAGUGGGUACGCCUGAGCACCCUGUGGAGCUCCUUCUUGAAGGUUCCAAACGUACCAACGUCCAAGGGCUGGGUGAUGUGCGAUGUGCGGGACGGGAGCUGGAAGGGGUCCAUGUCCAGAGAGAUGGCCAAGCUAAUGGCGUCGAAGGUCGUGUGCGAGGCGUGGCCGUCGAGCACAACAAGGAAGGGCAACUUUUCCCUGCAAGCCGCGUGCAUCGAGCUGUUCGCGGAGGUCUCGAGGGUAGUCGAGGAACACGUGGGUCUGGAUGAAGGAUGACUCCGUGACGGUGUACUUCGCAUCGGGGACGCCGUUCUUGUCCUGCAUCCAUCGGGUUGCAUACGCUGGCCUUUGUAGAUGAUGAUAGGGUUGUAGGUGUGGCCGUCGGCGCCGAUGCUGGCGACCACCGUCGUAUUUUCUCGCGAGUUGGAGCGCCUCGCGCCGGGCACCUUGGUGCCGGUUGGCACGAUAGCCUUCCCCGACUUUGUACCUUGCGGGGUGGAACC